AUGGGUAUAAAUGAUACGUUGAAUACUCAAAUCAGUUCGUUUAUGUCACGCUACGAUAAUGCUGAUGAUAUUAAAUUUGCCUAUAACGGUGAAACUCACAUCAACGGUUGGUGGUGCGUGUGGCUGUAUGGCAGCGGUGUUCCAUCAAAUAUGCAACAUAUUUGUACGAAUAAAGAUAUUGGGUUGAUCUGGCGCUGGAAUUUCCAAUCAUGUCGAGCCGAUAUGAAAUGCGCUAGCAUUAGUGAGCCUAUUUAUGGACAAGUACGCUGGUGGAAUGAUAAUGCUUUCUGCUUACCAAAAUCCUCAAAAAUAGAAAUGAUUUGGUCAUUUUGUGGUUCGUCACAAGGUGAAGGUUGGUCUUGCAUUCAAGUACCAUUGGAUGGUUUUACAAAUAAUUUUCUUUGCUGGCGACAACACAGACUAUGA